UAUAGACGCGGAGACGCCCAGUCCCUCCUAUUGCACACCAAACAUAUCUUCAUUCAAUUCUCUACCUUGGCCUUUUUAGCAUUCAAUUCCUUCCCUCACCAUCAAAUUAAAAAUGGCAGAAGGUGUUCUCUUCACCGUUGCUGAGGGGAUCAUUGGCAAAUUGGGCUCUCUGGCUUUCAAAGAGAUCAAAUUGCUCUGGGGUUUCAAAGAUGAGCUUGAAAAACUCACGAACACGGUUUCCACAAUCCAAGCUGUGCUUCUGGAUGCAGAUGAGCAACAGCUUGGGAGCCAUGCAGUUAGAGAUUGGCUGAAAAAGCUAGAGGAUGUCAUGUAUGAAGCAGACAACUUGCUAGAUGAUUUCUCCACUGAAUCUCUGCGGAAAGAAAUGAUGACCCGUGAUAAGAUGACAAAAGAGGUACGCACAUUCUUUUCUAAAUCAAACCAACCAUUAUAUGCUCUCAAAAUGAGACAUAAGAUUAAAGCGAUAAGAGAGAGGUUAGAAGCCAUCAACUACGAUAGGAGGAGUUUCAACUUGGAGGUACGACCUGUAGAGACACGAGUCGGGAACAGGGAGAGGGAUAACACUCAUUCUUUUGUACCUGCAGAAGUAGUUAUUGGUCGACAAGAUGAUAAGAAGGCGGUUAUAGAUUGUCUACUAGACUCCAAUGUUGAAGAGAAUGUUUUAAUCCUUCCAAUUGUUGGCAUCGGUGGAUUGGGAAAGACUACAUUGGCUAAACUUGUUUUCAAUGACGAGCAAAUCCAAAAACAUUUUGACCUCAAAAUGUGGGUGUGUGUCUCGGAUCCCUUCCAUGUUAAAAAUAUUGUUGAAAAAAUCUUAGAAUCUGCAACAAACACGAAACAACCAACUGUUGAAAUGAAUACACUAGUAAACUCUGUUUGAAAAGAAAUUGAUGGAAAGAAAUACUUGCUUGUGUUGGAUGAUGUGUGGAAUGAGGAUAAUGAAAAAUGGUGUCGCUUAAAAGAAGUGCUAAUGGGUGGUGGAAGAGGUAGUAGAAUAUUAGUGACUACUCGUAAAGAAAGCGUUGCAAUGACCAUCCGCCAUGAAAGCGUUGUAAGGAUUAUCGGGACAGUUCAAUCAUAUUUCUUAAGGGGUUUAGAUAGAGAAGCGUCAUGGUCUUUAUUUAAGCAGCUGGCAUUUGAGAACAGACAAGAGCCGAAGAAUUCAAGCAUUGUAGCAAUUGGGAUGGAGAUCUUAGAGAAAUGUUCAGGUGUCCCUUUAGCCAUAAGGACAAUUGAAAGAUUACUAAGCUCCAAAAAUCCUAAAACAGAGUGGUCGUCUUUUAAGAACAAUGAACUCUCAAAAAUAUCUCAGAAUGAAAAUGACAUCUUACCAACUCUGAAGCUGAGUUAUGAUCAUCUUCCUUCUCAUUUGAAGCACUGCUUUGCUUAUUGUAGCUUAUUUCCAAAGGAUUACACAAUUAGCAAAUCAAUACUGAUUAAGCUUUGGAUUGCACAAGGGUUUAUCAAGUUAUCGGAUCAAAAUAGAUGCUUGGAAGAUGUUGGCCAUGAGUAUUUUAUGGAUUUACUAUGGAGAUCAUUCUUUCAAGAAACUAAAAUGGAUUAUAUUGGUGACAUAACUGAAUGCAAAAUACACGACCUCAUGCAUGAUCUUGCCAUAUUAGUGGCAGGAUCGUUGAUCACCACGUUAGAUGAUAAGGAGACAUCCAUUGAUGAGAAAACUAGUCAAGUAUCAGUUGCUUAUCAUAUAAGUAGUAGUUCAUCUCAAGUUUCAACUUUAUUGUGUAAAGCAACUAGGAUGCGAACAUUUCUUUGCCUUAGCAACAAGAACUUUGAGGCUAAUAUUGAUUGUGAUGCAACCUUUUCAAGUUCCAAGUUUUUACGCGUGUUGGAUUUGAAUAAGAGAUAUGGUCCUUCAAAAA